GUUGCAACACUAGACAAAGCAUUAUUGAGUGAAUCUAUGCUCUGUAUGGAUUUUACUUUUUACAGCAAAAGUACAGGAACUGCCCAACUGUCCAGUAGACACUUUUUGAAGCCGGUAAUCUUGAAGUUUCAAACUUUUUUCUGAAAGCAUCUGCCGUGAUUUAAACCAUACGUAGUGAACAAUAACAAAGGUAUAGAGUGUAUAGAUAUGCAUAUAACUUCUCCUGAACUCAUCUAAAGAGAAUAAUGUUUACUUCUAGUUUUAUCUAUGCUUUACUUCAAGGCUUAUAACUAGUUCCUUUAACAUAUAUGUACAAAAAUAGAGAUCAAUAGGAUAUAGACAAAAAAAUAUGUUUGCCUCUACCAAAUCACUCAUUCUUUUAUUGGCUUUUCACUCCCUUCUCUUCAAAUUUGGUGAGUCCACUCCUUGCAAUAACGGUUUCAAAGAUAUCAUCAAGAAGAAAAACAUUCCAAGUUGCAGAAUACUACCCACUUUUAAAGCUGAAUUUGGCUGGAAAUACCGCCGAAGCACUGAAAAUAAAACUACCAAAAUUGACAUCAUAUUUGGGAUUAGCGACGAGUAUGCAAAAGUGGAAUGGAUUGCGUGGGGCUUGAACCCCGGACACAGGCCAGAGAUGGUUGGAACCAGGGCCGUGAUUGGCAUUCGGCAGAGUAAUGGUACAGUACAAGCCAAUCUAUACAAUAUCACUAGCAACAACAAGGUUGGUUGUGAGCUCCUUCCUUCGAAUGUUGAACUUUUUAAAGCUGAAUUCCGAGUCCAAGAAAUGACAGGGGAAGUCUCAUCCUCAUACAUAACAAUAUCUGCGACACUUGAACUUAAUAAUCAGCUCUACAAUGUUGAGAAGUUGAACCAUGUUUGGCAAGUUGGCUAUCAUGCUGAUCUUGAAAGAUUGGUGCCUAGAAUACAUCAUUUUUCUCUUCAGAAUUUUGACAGCACUGAGACCUUUAACAUGACUUGCGAAGGGGAUACUCUAGGCGUUGGACACAACCAGCGUUACUUUAGAACGGUUCAUGGGAUUUUGAACAUGGUGGGUUGGGGUAUAUUGUUGCCUGUUGGGGUCAUUGUGGCGAGGUACUUCAGGAAAUUUCCAGUGAGAUGGAAUCAUUGGUUCGGUGUUCAUCUAGGGUGCCAAAUUGUUGGAUACAUACUUGGCACAACUGGUUGGGGAAUUGGACUUUGGCUUGGAAGGGCUUCAAGACAUUACACUUUUAAAACUCAUCGACUCCUUGGGAUAUUCAUUUUCACCUUCACCACCUUGCAGAUGUUGGCAUUAAGAUUAAGGCCAAAACCCCAUGAUGAUUAUAGGAAAUAUUGGGACAUGUACCAUCACUUUCUGGGGUAUGCCUUGCUGGCAGUGAUCUCAGUAAACAUGUUCCAAGGGAUUGCCAUUUUGAAGCCAAACACCACAUGGAAAUGGGCUUACAUUGCUAUUCUUGCGGCAUUGGGUGUUGCUACUUUGACACUGGAGAUUGUAACUUGGACUAAGUUCAUUAAAGAGAAGAAAACCAAAAGGAAGAACAAUAAUGACUCAAAUCGAGAAAACCAGCAAAGCCAGUCUGCCACCGAUAAUAAUGCCACUAAGUAGCAACUUAUUCAAAUGGUGUUGUGCUUUUUUGUCCCCCCGCCCCCUUCUUUUUUUCUUUGUUCUCUUCUCGUUCCAUGAAAUGUAAUUAGAAAGUAUGUGAUAAAUUAAUAAGAAACAUUUUAUCUGUUGAUGCUAUUUCUUAAUGUAUUGCCAAUUGGAUAGUGAUUCAUAUGAUUUCUUAGUCAAUAAAAAAAUCAUUUUAUUUUUAA